AUGACGGAUCACAAGAAUCAAGAACCAGGCACUUCCCACGUGGAAAGUUACAAUGCCCAAGAUGUGGUUGACAAUGAUCUCAUGAAACCUACCAUCACACAUCCGCCACGAAUAAUUAUCACAGAAGCCGAGUCCAAGCUUAUCUGCCGCAAGACCGAUAGGACUAUCCUCGUUGUUCUUAUCUGGGUGUAUUUCCUUCAAAUCCUCGAUAAGACCGUCUUGGGCUAUGGCGCAACAUUCGGUCUCAAGACAGAUACCCACCUCACAGGAAACCAAUACUCGCUCGUUGGUUCAGUGUCAUCAAUUGCACAACUAGCAUGGCAGCCGUUUUCAUCGUAUCUUAUUGUUCGUGUCCCACAUCGAAUUCUCAUGCCAAUUCUCGUUCUCGGAUGGGGUAUCGCGCAGACAUGUAUGGCAGCAUGCACUAGCUUUAGCGGCUUGAUGGCCACCCGCUUCUUUCUCGGACUUUUCGAAGCCGGUUGCCUUCCACUAUUUAGUAUGAUUACUGCUCAGUGGUAUAGGAGAGCAGAACAGCCGGUUAGAGUGGCCGCAUGGUAUGGUACGAAUGGAAUGGGAAAUAUUGUGGCCGCUGGACUGAGUGUUGGUCUGUCCCAUAUUCACUCCGAUGUUUUGAAGUCAUGGCAGAUCAUCUUUUUGUUUGUUGGCCUUUUGACAAUCGCCUCGGUGCCAAUUAUUUAUCUUCUCCUUGACAAUGACAUCCCGUCAGCCCGAUUUCUCAACGAAGAGGAAAAAGUCAUAGCCAUCGAGCGCCUACGUGCCAAUCAAACUGGAGCCGGUACUCGCGAAUUUAAAUGGGACCACGUAUUCGAAGCCAUCAUCGAGCCCAAAACCUGGCUAUUCGUAGCCAUGAGUAUGAUGCUCAAUGUCGGUGCCAGUGUGACCAACGUGUUUGGACCUACCAUCCUCGCUGGAUUUGGCUUCAAUGCCGAGAAGAGCAGUUUAAUGAGCAUGCCGUUUGGCGCUUUACAAAUCAUUGUCAUUCUGCUCAGCUGCUGGCUGGCGCAGAAAGCACACCUUAAAGGUGCGGUCUUAGUAGGCCUGAUGCUGCCUGUAGUUGCGGGAUUAGCUAUACUUUACGUGGUCCCUCACCAGGGAAAUCAAGGGCCAUUGUUAGCGGGUUACUACCUUUUAGCGUUUUUGUACGGAGGUAACCCGCUUGUCAUUUCCUGGAUUGUUGGAAACACCGGUGGAACAACCAAGCGAUCCUUCAUAUCGAGCGCCUAUAAUGCCGCCAGCAGCGCUGGAAAUAUCGUCGGGCCACUGCUGUUCAACUCCAAAGAUGCUCCAGCCUACCACCCUGGUGUUCGAGACUGCCUUGCUAUAUUUUCUUCGUUGGUGGGAAUAAUCAUCAUACAAUGGGGAAAUUUGCUCUUCCUCAAUAAGCUGCAAGAGCGAAAACGUGUGCAGAAUGGAAAGCCGGCCAAAUUGGUGGAUCAUUCUAUGCAGCAGCAUUAUCAUGAUAUUGAGGAGAAUAAUGAGUCGACCGAGGGCCAAGAAGCUCGUGAGGAGAUUGGUGACAAUGCGUUCUUGGACUUGACGGAUCGCAAGAACGAUGAGUUUGUCUAUAUUUAUUAG